GAUUUGGUUAUCCGUAUCAUCUUCAUUCUUGGUAAUUUAACAGCAAAGAAUAACCAGGCCCGUGAGCAAUUUUUUAAAGAAAAAGGAAGUGUUAACACCUUGAUAUCAUUAUUCCAAACCUACCAUGAACUUGAUUUGAAUGCACAGAAGUGGUAUCAUGAAAGAGGAGGGGAAGGACAAAACCACCCAAAGCAUCCUUCAGAAGCAGAAGAUGUUCUCAUAAAACUGUUAAGAGUGCUGGCCAAUCUCACCAUUCAUCCCAGCGUAGGAGCAGCUCUGGCAGCUGCCCAUCCUGUUGUAGAAUUACUUGUUACGGUACUAGAAUACAAGUCAGUUGAUGACUGUGAGGAGUUGGUCAUCAAUGCUGCAACAACAAUCAACAAUUUAUCCUACUACAAAGUGAAGGGUUCUGCUGUUCAAGACAAGAAACUACACAUUGCUGAAAUGCUUUUAAAGCUGUUAAUGAGCAACAACAUGGAUGGAGUUGUGGAGGCUGUCAGAGUCUUUGGCAAUCUUUCCCAGUAUCAUGAGAUCUGUGACUUCAUCAUACAGAAAAAUAUACACAAGUUCGUGAUUGCUCUGCUUGAUGCCAAGAACCAAGAUGUCUGUUUUUCUGCCUGUGGAGUUCUGCUCAAUCUCACAGUAGAUAAGAACAAACGUGCUCUUCUGAUGGAGGAAGGGGGAAUCGGAAAGUUAGUUGAGUGUUUACAGGACUUUGGGCCGUCGGACUGGCAGCUGGCUUGUUUGAUAUGCAAAACCCUGUGGAACUACAGUGAAAACAUCGCAAGUGCGGCCUCAUGCUUUGGAGAAGAUACCGACACGUUGCUGGUGCUGCUCACAUCACUCUUAGAUGGAGAGCUAGCAUUGGAUUACAGCCUCGACGGAGAUUUAAGGGACUACCACAAACUAUAUUGGGAAAGAGAGUUCAAACCUGUGGCAGAAAAACUUCUUGACAGAAUUCAAAGCCAUCACUCCUUUCUUCCCACUGUGACUAUAGCUCCACUUUAA